CAGGUGCACUCGUUUGAAGUAUUUUAGGAACUUUUUUUUUAUUGGCUUGCUACGAAAGGAGAAUCUCGAGUGUCGGCCGUUCGCUGUUACUUGGUGUUUAUCUAACGAUGGUGAACGGACGGUUAACUGGACAAAGCAGUUCUCAUGGUAGAUCAACUGAACCAUCAUCUAAAGACAGCGCACUCAUUUCGACGUUUUCACAGCACGCCAGUCUGGAAACAAGUAAGCUAUAUAAACUGUGUAAUUUACUGGGCAAUCAUCAGAACCGCUAAUGCACGAUGAAAGGACUAAAACCAGUCGUGCAGCUCGCAGGCGAGAAAAACGGGCAAAUGAACGUCGAGCCCAAGAACAAGCCCUCGCCAAAGCAGCCUCCUCUGCUCCCAACAGCAUCCGAUUCAAGGAACUGAAAGCCAUUGAACAACGAUUGGGUGAAAGAAAUUUACGGCUUUGCGAGGUUCCUUCCGACGGUGACUGUUUGUAUUCCUCCGUUGCGCAUCAACUCAGAAUUCAGAAGCGUACAGCACAAGACCUACUAGAAAUCAACGGUUGUGGUUCCAGGAUAUCUGAAUUUUCCGAUGAUGCUAUCACAUCUCAGAUGUUACGACUCAUCACAGCGGAGUAUGUUCGAAAAAAUGCAGAUGAGUUCCUGCCGUUUAUGUUCGCUCCAGAAACGGGUGAACCGCUGACCACUGAUGAGUUUUUUAACUAUUGCGAUGACAUUGAGAAACCUUCCACCUGGGGUGGUCAACUAGAGGUGCGUGCCCUAGCAAACGCACUUCACACCCCGAUAGAGAUUGUGCAGGCUGAAGGUCCAUCCAUUUUAAUCGGCGAAGAAUUUAUUGACCGACAUCCGAUCAUCCUUGUGGCGCGCCCAGACAGAAGAAAAAGCACAUGUGCAGAGAGUGACACAUCCCCAAGGUCAUUAUCGUUUCGACACGUCCGGAAAGUAGGUGAGUCGGCGUCUCCCACCAAACACAGCUUAGCAGCACACGACCAGCGUAGUGGACCUGAGAAUGUUCACGACCGGAACACCACCAUUGGCUGUACGGAGCGAAUAAGUGAACGAGCAUAUUUGCCCAAUUAG